AAACUCACCGUUUCCCCUCGCGGCCACUCUCCUUCGAGCCGUCCGCCGCUCCCACCCCCACCAGUGCCACCACUCGCCACUUCCUCCCGUCUCCUCCCUUGCAGAGGCGGCGCGUAAACCCCGAUGGCCGCCUCUCUCCUCCACGCCUCCGCCGCCGCCGCCUCGCUCCUGAGCUCCACCCAGCACGCCCGCGCGGGUGCCGCCGCCUUUCACCCCCUCGCGUGUGCCCCAUCCCUACGCCUUACGCGCUCCUCGUUCUCGACCAAUCGCCACCUCGAGAUUUCACUCCGGGCGAUCUCGGCCAGUCGCCGUUUCGCGGGGAGGGGGGCACCCCGGGACCGCCGCGUUGUCGCCGCCCUAGCGGGGGAGCAAACCUCGCUUGAAUGCUGGUGCUGGAUGCAGGAGGGUUCAGAGGUGGGGGAUGACAGAAACGGGGAGAUAAAGCCCGAGGAAGCUCAGGAAAUUUGGAAGGUAAUGCUGGAGCAGUUCAAGGCUGAGGCCCUGCGGAUGCAGGCCCUGUCAAUGCAGGCUUAUGAUGUCUACUCCGAGAGGACGAGGGAGGUCUUGCUGGAAGCAUCAGAGAAGCUGAAGAUACAGGCAGACAAAGCACAGAAGGACCUGAGCGUGGUAGCUACCGAAAUUGGUCAGGAGGGACAGGAAUAUCUGAUGAUGGCAGCUCGGAACUCCCCAGACUCGAUCAAGGAUAUCACAACAACGUUCAGGGCUCUUGGAAAAUUGAAUUGGCCAUCAGAGUAUGAGGAUUAUCAUGUGGGCAUUCCGUUUGGUACCUUUCUUACCGUAGGGGGUUUCCUCAACUUCAUGUUGGCCGGAAGUACCUCUGCCCUUCGUUUUGGUAUCAUUCUUGGCCUUGCACUGUUGGCUCUGGGAAUCUCAAGUUUGAGAUCACAAAGAGAUGGCGGCCGUCGGCCUCGUCUUCUGGUGAAAGGGCAAGCUGCAAUAGCCAGUGUCAUCUUCUUCAGGGAGUUUUCAGUUCUUCUCCAGAAUGGCUGGUUUCCAAAAAUCUUCAUGGUUCUCCUCAGUGGAGUAGUGGCAGGCUUUUACUUCUAUCGCAUUGCAGCUGGUAGCCCCAAAGAGCUGAGCAGCAACAGUGAUUCAGUGAACUAAUGCACUUGGAUGAAUCAGAUGAUCAUGGGGGAACGCAGACCCAGAAGGCUAUGGCCUGUUUGCUUUCGAUUUCCUUCAUCAUCCUUCAAUUCAGGCAAAGCUCGGUUGUAAGGUGUCCGCAUGAUGACCACAUGGAUUCAGAAGAAUUGCUUGUUUACUCGGCCCUCUUCCCGCACUCCUUUGUUCCUUUGCUCAUGUAGUAUAGAUGAUAGACUUGAACAACAUCAAUAAACGACAUUCAAAGGCCAUGCAGUUAGCUCUUCAGUUUGUCUGCUGUUUGUUUUUCAUGGGGACAGCCCGAAAGGUCGGUGAAGCGUUCAAUGUUUCGUGAAGUGUCCGAAAACAGUCAGUGUUAUUACUCUGUAGAUUCCAGCUCGCUCAAAACUAUUCAAGGCCGAUGACAAGUUGAUAACAAUUAGUGGCACUGUGAUU